CCGCCCCAGCGCGGGGCAGAGCGGGACAAUCCCCCCCCUCGCCCGGCUGCGAUGCGGGGCUCGAUGCCCCCCAGGGCACGGUUGGCCCUCGCGGCUGCCAGGGCACAAUGUUGGCUUGUGUUCAGCUUGCCAGCGACCAGAACCCCCAGCUCCCUGUGCAGAGCUGCUCCCCUGUACUGCCAGGGCUGCCAUGCCUCAGGGGCAAAACCUGGCACUUGCCCGCGUUCAGCUCCAUACGGUUGGUGGUUGCCCAGCACUCCGGCCUGUCCUUAUCCCUCUGCAGGGCCUCUCUGCCCUCGGGAGUGUCAACAGCUCCUCCUAGUUUUGUGUCAUCAGCAAACUUAAUUAGUAUUCAUUAUAGGUGGGAUAAACCCACUGGAGCCGCUCCCCUGGGGAGCUGCGACCCUGCAUGCAGGGGUCAGCGCUCCAAAACCCACUCUAAGCCAUUUUUCAGCCUCAGGAAAAGAGUGAAACCUUGUUUCCCGAAAGAGCUGCCCAGGGCCAGGAGCAAAAGGUCAAGUUUGACUUGGUCAAUCAUCUGCCGGAGCAGAGCAAUAAAAUCGGGGUGCCAGGGAACACCCCACGUGCUCGGGUCAGCUCUUCCACCUCCAGCGAGUGCCUAAACCUGGGAGUCACGGUGGCUCCUGGGGUGUGCAAGGUGUGUGGGCGGAGGCUUCUCCUUGAGUCAGGCUAACAAGGCUCGCCUGACACCUCCGGUUUCUUUUUAUUUACAUGUUUGGUCUAAUCUUAAACUUUUCCCUGCCCACAAAGCUCUGCUCGGGUUAUUCUGACGGCUUCAGGUUUAGCCCUGAUUGCCAGUCUGGGUGUCCCGCUGCCCGCUCCGUGCACGCGGAGAGGUUGCAGAGCUCUCUCGGCGGCUGCCCUUGAGCUCGCAUCUGAGGGGGGGCUCCCAAAAGCCUCUAAAUGUGGUAAAAUAAAGCAGGUGUCUGUUGGGAAAGAGCUUGUUUCCCGGCUCCUGGCUCCAGACGAUAAAAGCCUUAGGAAAUACUCACCUACGGGACUCGAAUUUUCCAUGCCCUGUCCCUGCCAAGAUUUUAUGGAGCCUCGAGUACAUUUGGUUCUGCAAUUCCAAUGAUAAAGGGAAAAUAAUGAAGUAAGAUUGUCUUAAAAAAUACUCUUUUAGCCAAAUAUGCGAGAGGGAUGCAGGAGCUGUGCCAGCGCUGCCAACGCAGGCGCUCGGCGAUGGAUUGUGGCGGGUGAAGUAAUCUCUUCAAAACCCAGAUUGGUUCGUAGUCGCAGCUCUUGGUUUGACAAAUCCCAAGAAUAUUGCCUGCAUGGUUUUGCUGUCGGCUACGGCCGAAAGAGCUGCUUCCCCGGCAGCUGCCUCUUCCUUUUCUUAAAAACGUCAUGGCUUUUUGGGAACGGCGACGUCUUUUAGGGAGGGUGGGGGGUGUCUGCGCUCCUCAGUCUUGCAGCUUUUCUCUGGUGGCUGAUCCUUGUCUGGUUCCCCCGUCGUGCUCGGAGGGGCUGCUUGUGCCUUGGCACCUGUGAGACCGUGGCCUAGGUGUGAUAUUUAAGGUGUGACUAACUUAAGCUUGGCUUAAAAAGUGCUGUGUGUAUGUUUUUUGAGGCUGUGGAGUUGGGUUUGGGGUUUGAAGCUGGGAUCGAGGCAGCUGUGGAUCCUGGGAGCCAUGAGGUCCCGCUAGGCAGGGGGCCGGGGCCGGCCCGGCCGUGCCAGUGUGGGGCACCCGCCACCAAACGUCCACCGCAUGAUUUGGGAGGCUCAGAAACACGGCGUGAGGGAGCAGUCUUUGGUGGCCGAUUCCUCCAGGGGGCUGGCGGCAGAUCUCCCAGGCCAGGAGGGACGAGUCCGUCCUCUGUUUCUGCUGACGUCUGAUGUUAAGAAACCUUUGGGCCAGCUUUUUUCCCCUGCAGCUCCUGGAAACUUGACGGUUCGGGGUCUCGGAGGAGCCAGCGUCUGAUCACGUGGCGCUUGGGCUGGGAGAGGUGCAAGAACCCCUAAGGGAUACAUAAACUGUGAGAGGCAAAUCCUGGUCCUGGAGUCGCUUCCAGCGGUGGAAGGCGGCGAGGGAGACUGCGGUCUGUGCUGUGCCGGUGGCUGUGUUCGGUGACGUUUCCUUGGCGUCAUGUGAAGCUCCCGAGUGGGAGCUGUCGGUGUGGGGGGGGCUGUUUGAGCAAACUCUGUAAUCUGAGCCCUGAACGGAAUCCCAGGUUUCCGUUCCUGGGAUUUCCCAGCCGAAGUGAGGAAUUUGUUGCCUUGUGUUCGUUAAUCCCGGUGUGUGUUGGGACCAGAUUUAUUUUGCACUUGCUCGUGACUUUUGGCCUCUUUUGCUGUGGGGUGAAGAAGAGGGUUGGUGUGAGAAGCCUGUUCGGCAGGGCUUGAGUGUGGGCUCGGGAAUGUUAUCCAGGCUUAGAGUGAGUUUGACUUAAGGACGUUCCUCAACUUAGAUCAAACCAGUAGGUAGGAGAGGUGUGUUUGCAGGUCGAACGGCUUCCCCAGCUCACCGGUGCCUUGCGUGGGUUUCGGGAAGGGCCCCAAGCAUGGGAUAGAAGCUCAGUGUGCAGGAAUUCAUGACCUUCACGAGCCAGCUGAUCGUGGAGCGCUCGGAGCUGGGCAGCAGAGCCUCCGUCAAGGAGCAAGAGUACCUCUGCCACGUGUAUGUCCGGAACGACGGGCUGGCCGGAGUGGUGAUUGCAGAUAAUGAGUAUCCACAGCGGGUUUGCUUCACCUUGCUGGACAAGGUGCUGGAUGAAUUCUCCAGGCAGGUCAGCAAAAUGGACUGGCCUUCGGGAUCCCCAGCGACAAUCAGCUACGCAGCCUUGGACGGGUACCUCAGUAAAUACCAGAACCCUCGCGAUGCCGACCCGAUGACCAGAGUGCAGGCAGAGCUGGACGAGACCAAAAUCAUCCUGCACAACACCAUGGAGUCGCUGUUGGAGCGCGGGGAGAAGCUGGACGACUUGGUCUCCAAAUCGGAGGUGCUCGGGGCACAGUCCAAAGCCUUCUACAAAACUGCACGAAAGCAGAACUCGUGCUGUGACAUCAUGUGAUGCGGAGCCCGGGGUCUCCUGCUCGGGACCACCAGGCCUUCGCUCCCCUUCGGACCUCGACCGCACCCAGGACAGAAAGCGAACCCCGGGGGGGUUCCCGGGCCUGGGCAGCGCUGCGGCGGCCGGGCGUCCUUGGCACCACGGACUUUAUUUCUUCACCUCGAGGGGCUGCCAAGGCCGGUGUCGGGCCGGCGCCCGUGGGGUGGGGGGAGCGCCGGACCCCCGCUGCCCUCGCUUUUCCCGAGGGCACCUUGGACCAGGGGGUGCCCGGCCGCCCCCCUCCCCUGCCUUUACGCCUGUAACACUAACCAGCGCCUCAGCGUCCCGGCACUGCCGGCCCUGGGGCGUCGGGGAGAGAGGAGCCGGGGCGCCCUGCUGCCAUGCCCUGGGCUGCUUGGGGGAACUGCGGGUGGGUCUUCUAUGUGUUUGUGUCCUAAGAGUGAUCUUGGAGGGGGUGGGAGAGGGGUGGGAAGGGAGGAAGGGGCGCUUUCCCCUGGUGGGGGGGUGCUCGCCACCGGGUUAUCACCCGCUAUCCCACUGGGUAGCUUUUCCCAGUGCCAGUGAACUGGAAGCUGUUGCCCCCCAGCCCCAGGGAAAAGGGUGAUGGGGAGGGCGGGUUGCCUCUGGGCCCCUUCCCUUGCUUUGGCGGUGGUGUGGGAAAGAGCUGAGCUGGGACUAGGGUGGCUUGGGCAGCCUGGGGGGGCCCCCCCAUCCCCCUGGGUGCGUCUGAGCCCCCCUGUUUGACAGCUGCUGGGGCAGGGGAGCGGGAAGCCAGGGCUGGAAACCAGCCCCAGUGCUCAGGGCCCUUGAGCUAGCAGGAGGGGAGUGGGGCUGAGGGGCAGGCAGGGGGGGCUCGCCUGGCUUCCCUGUGGCUCGGAGCCCCCCCUCCCCUGCUCCUGUCAGCCUGGGGGGGGGGCUCAGCGCCUGCUGGGUGCCCAGCAGCCCUCCUCUUCCUCCUCUGGAAGAGAAAAAAAACCUUUUGCUUGAGAUUGUGUUGUGGUCGGUGUUGCCUGUCGUUUCCGUGCCGCCGGCCACACCAGCCGAGCGGGGAUAAAGUUGUCUUUGGCAGUUGUAGCCUG